UUCACCACAGUCAACAAGUGUCGUCAUUUCCCGGAUAUCACCACAUUGCCGGAUCUUGUGUUUGAUUUGAAUUAUUCUUGUAACGGAUUUUUCACUUUAAUAUUCAGAAAAAAAGUAAUAUUGGACUGCAAAAUAUUUGUGCAAAAAUUGAAAGUGUUCUGUUUUUGAAAAUAAACUUCAUUUAAUUUUGAUAUAACCAUGGUGGCACCCCUACUUGUAUUUUUGUUUUCGCUACAACUGUGUCACACCACAUCGUGGGCCUAUGUUGGGGGGAAUUCUUUGAACUCCAAUUCGCUACAUGCUUCUUAUUCAGAAUUCCCGGCCGGAACUUCAAAUGAAGUGCCCGAAGAUGCAGCAAAUGGUCAAGACGACAAUGAUGACAGCCAACUGACAGAACCGGAUGACAACAACGCCCCCUUGGUACAGAGUAUAGAUGAUGAAACUGAAAUGCAAUUUCCCAAACCUAUACAAUGGGUCAGCAUCGAUCAUUUACGCAAUUCCAUUAUUUUGAGGUUUCAAAAUCCCACCCCCAAGAUUCUCAAUAAACUUGAUCCCGAAGAAAUGAAAAGAUUGCGAUCGCUGCAGGAAAAUGCAAUGCGCUGGGGCAAGCGAUCAUACGAGAGUUAUCCCUUGAAUCGAAAUGGUCUGGCCGACAAGAGCUCUGUGGGUCGCAUGGACUUUUUGAGUAAUCAUCAAGUUAUACGAGAUUCCCGCGGUGAUAAUUUCAUGCGCUUUGGCCGUUCGGUGGGUGGCAGUGGUGGUAAUGAUGAUAAUUUUAUGCGUUUUGGUCGUGCAUCGGGAAGCAGUGAUUUUAUGCGUUUUGGUCGAGCGGGUCAGGAUAAUUUUAUGCGCUUCGGUAGAGCGGCCGGACAAGACUUCAUGCGUUUUGGUCGUGGUUCAGGACAAGAUUUUAUGCGAUUUGGCCGAUCACCAGGAAGUCAAGAUUUCAUGAGAUUUGGUCGCAAUCCAAAUCGAUUUGGCAGGGCUUCGGGACAAGAUUUUAUGCGUUUCGGCCGCAAUCCAGGAAGCCAAGAUUUUAUGAGAUUUGGCCGCAAUCCAGGAUCACAAGAUUUUAUGAGAUUUGGUCGCAAUCCAGGAUCCCAAGAUUUCAUGAGAUUUGGUCGGGCAUCGGGUGGGCAAGACUUCAUGAGAUUUGGUCGAGCCCCCUCUGGCCAGGACUUUAUGCGUUUCGGUAGACCCGAUAAUUUUAUGCGCUUCGGUCGAACUCCCGCACAAUCAAGCGAUUUUAUGCGUUUUGGCAGAACAUCCACCCAAUCAAGUGAUUUCAUGCGUUUUGGUAAAAGUCUAGAUAAAUCGGAAAAUAAAACAUCUGAUCUACAAAAACAACAACAAAUGGGAAAGAAUGAACUUAAACAAGCCGUAAAACUUAUACAUGAAGCCGAUAAAAAUUCUGAGAAUGGUAACCCUGUCGAUAAGGCCAUUAAAGCUUUAUUCGAUAAACAUGAACUUGGUGAUCACAGCGUCGAUAACAUCGAUGACAAUCAUGCGGCCGAUCUUACACCACAUGAAAACAAUUCCGAUGAACAAAAUGCCGAUUUGGAUUACUUUCUCAACAUGAAAAUGACAAAUUAAUGGGAAAAAUCACAAAAAAAAAACUUACAGCACAAACGAUAAAAUGAUACUGGAAUAGGGAAACUUUGUAAAUAUAAAACUGAAAUGAAUAAAAUUUUAUAUAACUGAAUGCUAUAGAAAAAAUUACAAAAAAAUAAUAUUAAUUACAGAGAAAUAAAGUCAAAUUAGUGCCAUAUUUUUCAGUUCUAUGGAAUAGAAAAUUCGUGCAAUAAGUGAAUUUUUUAACAGGGCUGGAUAAAAGAAUUCACUUAAGAAGAAAAAAAAAAAAGAAAACUGUAAAUCUAUAUAAAAAUAUGUUUAACAUUGUAUUUAUGUAUGAGUAUUAAAAAAAAAACAAAUACAAAAUGAACCAAAGAUAUUUAUUGAAAUUGGA